GGAGAGAGGUUCCCUCUUACUUCUGCCUUCCCUAGUUUGGGGGUGAAAGGGAGGGUGGGGGCUCUCUCCCCUGUUUUCCCAAAGCCUCCUUGGAGUGGAGGGUGCCUAAGGCUAAGUCUGGUGUAUAGUCCUAUUUUGGGGGAAGAGAAGGCUUUGAGGCUAGAGUGUCUGUCCCAUCCCCCAUCAUUUCUACUGAGCUCUAGGGGAUGUCUUUCUCCCAAGACUCCAAACAAUUAUUCUGCCUGGGAGGCUAAGGAGAUGAAUGGAAUGUAAGAACUUGGGGAGGGGAAGGUUGUCUCUUAUCAGCUACAUCCUUUUAGGGUCAUGUUUGUCCUGUUCAGGGUUUAUAAUUGUUCCUGCUGUUUUUAGGUGUUCAUGUGUUUGUGUGUUGUGUAUGUAUGUGUGUUCUUUGUAGUGUGUCUAUGGAUCUAUUUGUUCAUUCAUUUAGUAUCUGUAUAGUGAACACCUCCUGUAUGCCAGGCACUGGAGAUUCAGCACUGACCAAGGCAGAUACAGUCUGAAUCUUUGAAGAACUCACAGUCUAGGGUGGUAAGGCGUGUGUGUAUAAAGAUAAACUGUUAAGGUCUAAGCGUGUGUUUAGAUGUGUAUAGAAUAGAGAAAUGUGUCCUUCUGUGUGUGUAUAUCUGUCUAUGGCUUGUGUACAAUUUCUGUCCAGCUCUUUCUGGAAUAGGUAGCCAUGCUAGUGGUUAAGCUUUCACUUCCCCAGAUGGCUGCAUUCUGAAGGCCUUUUCCCCCCAGGCUGGGCCUCCAUUUCCCUGUCUGCAGAGUGGGGUAGGCUUGACAGGUGGUUAGAAGGAGACACAGCAGCUUAACUCUGGGAAGCAUGCCCCUCCCUUAAAUGGUUCUGACCUCUUCCUGACCCCCCAACUAAGGAUAUGUCCCAUCCCCCCAGCUUGGCAGACAGUGAAAGCAGAUCUCUGGUGUUAGGAGGUUCUGGGCUGGUUUAUCCCUCUCUCUUCCCACCUGGGCUGGUCCCCUACCGGCAAGAACAAUAGUAGAUGUGGAGAAAGAAUUCUCUUAGGCAGUUUCCCUUUUUUCUCCCUUUCCCCUCUAGCUAGAAAAUAAAACUAGGGGCAGCAAUCAGGCUGGUGGCAAGAGAGGAGAAAGUAGUGGGAGCUGGCGCUUCCCUAGUCCUUUCCCAAAGGCUUCCUCUCUCUUAAAUUUGAUCCCUUCUUCUGUCUGGGCACUGUGUAGAAGGAGCUGUGGACUGUGGAGAGAAUCUUGUGUUCUCCUUCCCAGAGCCAGUCAUCUCUUCCUUCUCCAGCCAUCAUGCUAAUGGCUGCCCCUCCAUCCCAAGUCCUUUCCUGUAGCUUACUCUUGCCUCAGUCUCCUAUAUUUAGCCUGUCUUCAUUCCCUAGCUUUUUCUUCUUUUGAACUUUUUCCUCAUUGUCUCCCCACUUGCAACCUUGCUUCUUGCCUGGGGCCCCAGCUCUAACCUGUCUUGCCCCAGCCCCUAACUUCAGCCUUUCUUCUUCCCAAUUCAAGUGUUUUUCUGCUGUGACCUCUAGUUUCAGCUUCUUCACCAGCUUCCCGCUUCAGCCUCUCUCCUUCCCUUAGUCUCCAAACUCUGUCCUUUUAGUCUUUUCUCCUUUUCUUUUUCUCCAACAUCAGCCAUUCAGUUGCCUUAAUCCUUUCUCAAACACUGCCCCCAUCCUUCUUGCCCCCCACCCCCAUUGGCCUUCUUUGGAUCUUCCUCCUACCUGCGGUGCAGAGGAGCAUUAAGAUGAUGCUAUUUCAUGUUCAGGGUGGUGAUGAGUGAAGUGAGCAUCAGGCUGACAGAUAAUAGGGCUUUCUUGGUUUGCUAGAUAGCUGUUGGAGGCAGAUGUCUUAAUCUAGUAGAAGAAAGAGUUUUUAGUUACUGGAGCCAGAUUUAGCCCCCUACUUAACAUGUAAUAGGAAGUUAUUAUGUAUUCACUUGGUGAAUUUAAGAUAGAUAACAGGGGUAAUUUUCCUACUGGAAAGUUUUUAAAAAAUGAGCCUAGAUUGUCUGAGCCAGUAGAAGCCCUCAGUUGGACUGGGUAGGCAAGAAAGAGACUUCCCCUAUAGUCUGCUGCUCCUGUUCUAGGAGGCCUUGACCUUCUCUGAUUAGAGUGGUAAGAAUAUACAAGAUUCUACCCUCACCAGCCUCUCUGUCUUAUAGCUGCAGGCGCCUACCUGCCCCCUCUGCAGCAGGUGUUCCAGGCACCUCGCCGGCCUGGCAUUGGCACUGUGGGGAAACCAAUCAAGCUCCUGGCCAAUUACUUUGAGGUGGACAUCCCUAAGAUUGACGUCUACCACUACGAGGUGGAUAUCAAGCCGGAUAAGUGUCCUCGCAGAGUCAACCGGGAAGUGGUGGAAUACAUGGUCCAGCAUUUCAAGCCUCAGAUCUUUGGUGAUCGCAAGCCCGUGUAUGAUGGAAAGAAGAACAUUUACACUGUCACAGCAUUGCCCAUUGGCAAUGAACGGGUUGACUUUGAGGUGACAAUCCCUGGGGAAGGGAAGGAUCGAAUCUUCAAGGUUUCCAUCAAGUGGCUAGCCAUUGUGAGCUGGCGCAUGCUGCAUGAGGCCUUGGUCAGUGGCCAAAUCCCUGUUCCCCUGGAGUCUGUGCAAGCCCUGGAUGUGGCCAUGAGGCACCUGGCAUCCAUGAGGUACACCCCUGUGGGCCGCUCCUUCUUCUCACCGCCUGAGGGCUACUACCACCCGCUGGGGGGUGGGCGCGAGGUCUGGUUCGGCUUUCACCAGUCUGUGCGCCCUGCCAUGUGGAAGAUGAUGCUCAACAUUGAUGUCUCAGCCACCGCCUUCUACAAGGCGCAGCCAGUGAUUGAGUUCAUGUGUGAGGUGCUGGACAUCAGGAACAUAGAUGAGCAGCCUAAGCCUCUCACGGACUCUCAGCGUGUGCGCUUCACCAAGGAGAUCAAGGGCCUAAAGGUGGAAGUGACCCACUGUGGACAGAUGAAGAGGAAAUAUCGCGUGUGUAAUGUUACUCGCCGCCCUGCCAGCCAUCAGACGUUUCCCUUGCAGCUGGAGAGUGGACAGACUGUGGAAUGUACAGUGGCACAGUAUUUCAAGCAGAAAUACAACCUUCAGCUCAAGUAUCCCCACCUGCCCUGCCUGCAGGUUGGCCAGGAACAAAAGCAUACCUACCUGCCUCUAGAGGUCUGUAACAUUGUGGCUGGGCAGCGCUGCAUUAAGAAGCUGACCGACAACCAGACUUCGACCAUGAUAAAGGCUACAGCUAGGUCGGCCCCAGACAGACAGGAGGAGAUCAGCCGUCUGAUGAAGAAUGCUAGCUACAACCUAGAUCCCUACAUCCAGGAAUUUGGGAUCAAGGUGAAGGAUGACAUGACGGAGGUGACAGGGCGAGUGCUGCCGGCGCCCAUCUUGCAGUACGGCGGCCGGGUGAGCAGGAACCGGGCCAUUGCCACACCCAAUCAGGGUGUCUGGGACAUGCGGGGGAAACAGUUCUACAAUGGGAUUGAGAUCAAAGUCUGGGCCAUCGCCUGCUUCGCACCCCAAAAACAGUGUCGAGAAGAGGUGCUCAAGAACUUCACCGACCAGCUGCGGAAGAUUUCCAAGGAUGCAGGAAUGCCUAUCCAGGGCCAACCUUGCUUCUGCAAAUACGCGCAGGGGGCAGACAGCGUGGAGCCCAUGUUCCGGCAUCUCAAGAACACCUACUCAGGGCUGCAGCUCAUUAUCGUCAUCCUGCCAGGGAAGACGCCAGUGUAUGCUGAAGUGAAACGUGUUGGAGAUACACUGUUGGGAAUGGCUACACAGUGUGUGCAAGUGAAGAAUGUGGUCAAGACCUCACCUCAGACUCUGUCCAACCUCUGCCUGAAGAUCAAUGUCAAACUUGGUGGCAUUAACAACAUCCUAGUCCCACACCAGCGCUCUGCCGUCUUUCAACAGCCAGUGAUAUUCCUGGGAGCGGAUGUUACACACCCCCCGGCAGGGGAUGGGAAAAAGCCUUCGAUCACAGCAGUGGUAGGCAGUAUGGAUGCCCAUCCCAGCCGUUACUGUGCUACUGUGCGAGUGCAGCGACCACGGCAGGAGAUCAUUGAAGACUUAUCCUACAUGGUACGUGAGCUGCUUAUCCAGUUCUACAAGUCCACCCGCUUCAAGCCUACCCGCAUCAUUUUCUACCGAGAUGGUGUUCCUGAAGGCCAGCUCCCCCAGAUCCUCCACUAUGAGCUGCUGGCCAUUCGUGAUGCCUGCAUCAAACUGGAAAAGGACUACCAGCCUGGGAUCACUUAUAUUGUGGUUCAGAAACGCCAUCACACCCGCCUUUUUUGUGCUGACAAGAAUGAGCGAAUUGGGAAGAGUGGUAACAUCCCAGCUGGGACCACUGUGGACACCAACAUCACCCACCCAUUUGAGUUUGACUUCUAUCUGUGCAGCCACGCAGGCAUCCAGGGCACCAGCCGACCAUCCCAUUACUAUGUCCUUUGGGAUGACAACCGUUUCACAGCGGAUGAGCUCCAGAUCUUGACGUACCAGCUGUGCCACACUUACGUGCGAUGCACACGCUCCGUCUCAAUCCCAGCACCUGCCUACUAUGCUCGCUUGGUGGCUUUCCGGGCACGAUACCACCUAGUGGACAAGGAGCAUGACAGUGGAGAAGGGAGCCACAUAUCGGGGCAGAGCAAUGGGCGGGAUCCCCAGGCCCUGGCCAAAGCCGUGCAGGUUCACCAGGAUACUCUGCGCACCAUGUACUUCGCUUGAAGGCAGAACGCUGUUACCUCACUGGAUAGAAGAAAGCUUUCCAAGCCCCAAGAGCUGUGCUGCCCAAAUCCAGAGGAAGCAGGGAGGAGGGAGGUGGGGUAGGAAGAAAUGCAGAAGGCCUUGUUUCCUUCUACAGAGUGGAUGAAAGAGUGGGGAACAGGGCCAGUAAGCCAGACCACCAGCCAGAAAUCUCUGAUAUUCACCUCAUGUCCUCCACCCCUCACCCCAUCUUGUCACAUCUGGCCCUGACCCCACUGGACCAAGACGGGCAGCAUCGGUGCCCACCAUACACACAGGUGUCUCAUGUGACUCACAGUGCUAAAGACUCAUGCCUGACAGCUUGGUAAGGUCGGCUCUGCAGCCCUGCGGACAAAAGCUGGUAGGUUUGGGUUUGAUACUUUAGAUGGGAAAGUGAGGGGCUUGAGAAAGUGGGUGGGAGGAGGGAAGAAUAUUUUAGGAGCCUUAAUCAGAAAAGGUCUAGAUUUGUUUAAGAAGAAAAACGAAACCAGACCCAGAUCAAUAUUUUAGGAUACUAGAUGUUUUAAUUGGUUGAUAAUCCAGUUUGUAGGAAGAUUUUUAAUGCUAAUGGUUUUGGUUGCUCCUCCCCCAGCUGUCACUCCCCUUUCCCUAUUCCUCUCUUUCCACCUUUUCUACCCCGCCUUACACCUCCUCCCUGUCAGACAACCAGCCCCUAGUAAGACUUAAGGCACUAUGGCACUUAGCUCCGAAGUGACAUGACCCUGUCUUCCUUCCGCCUGCUGGUGGGUAACCAGUGCCUUCCCUGUAACGGUAAUGCUGCAGAACUGCAACCUUUUGUACCUUUUGGGUGGGGGACGGGGAGGGGUGGGAGAGGAGGUAGGUGGGGAUGAAAUACCCCUAACCCAACAAGCCUCCAGCCAGAGCGCCAGCUAUUUUGCAUUUGAAGGAAUUGACUUCCAUAUUCAUUGAGCUUUUUAAAAGAUCAUGACCUCAAGAUGGUUAAAAUCCAUUGACAUUUGCACUUUCAGACCUGACAAGUCUCAGAGCUGCUGAGAUGACUGGCCCCUGGCCUUUCCACUUAUGUCUCCUUUCUUCCUGUCUCCCAUUCCUGGGUCUGGAGUUACUUUCAUAGCAUUUCUCACUCUUGGUUUCUUUUUUUCCCUGAUGGUCAAGUCUCUUUACGUUUCAAUAUUUCUUAACUGGGGUGUCUUAUAACAAACGAUCCUUAGGUCUAAAAUAAGAAAAAAGCAAAAACUAAAUGUUAUUUUUAUACCAUAACUUGAGUCUAUUGCCAAAAUCUGGAAAUCCCUCCCAUGCCCAAUGAGUUUACAUCCCAGAAACAUUGAGCCAUCAGAAGGAACUAUAUACCUGACUUGUUCUUUGGCCUGGCUAGUUAGGGGGUGGUUAUCUCCCCAGGGUGGGGCUCAGGCUCCACCCUUCCUCUGUGCAGAUAAUAUCUUUUUCUUGCUACAGGCUCCCUCUUCUGCACUGCCCUGCACUCUUUCCUGCAAAUGCAUCUUCCCUUCCUCUGGACUGUUUUCUGACACUUUGGCUCAUCCCAGAUUUCAGCGUGUCCUGUGGAUAGGCUGGGGAUUUUGCUGCUCCCUAUUGCUUCUGUUUACACAAAUGAAUUUUUCCUGGUUUCCCACUAGGGCAUGUGAGUGGGUAGCAUGGGCUUUUUUUUUUUUUUUUUUUUUUCCAUCUCCCUGGGUAGAGAUGGGGUUUGGCUGUCUUGCAGAACUGGAAAAGUAGGGGGUUCUAGCUUGGUGCCUGUGACCUUGAAGCAAGGCUCCCUCUUUCCUUGACUGUUCAUUUUUUUCCUGUCCCACUGUUUGGGAUGCGGAGUUCAGCUUCAGUGUGGAAAUUCCUCUUUUUGAGGAACCUGGGCUUGGAUUUGCCCUAAUCUGGUGAUGAAGCCAUGACACUUUAGACCUAGCUUGUGCUCAGAGGCCAGCCAGAGGAAGGUCGGUCUGAAUACGGGCCUGUGCAGUUAGAGCUACCAUUUCCCCUCCCCAGCAGCCCUUGUACAGACCCAGAUUUGCUAUGCAAAACAGUCUAUCCCAGGUUCUUUUCUGGUUGGCUACUUCAUUCAGCAACUUCACAAAACGUAGCACAAACAUUGAUUAUGGAGAAGGCAUCAGGACUGUUGAGUAACUCCUCCUUUACUUCUUUUGUACUGGUAUGGGAUGCCCCAUGGGCACAGCCCAGCUGAAGAACAGAAUGGAGGGCUCUGGGAGGAGGCAGCUCACUGGAGAGCCUACAUUCCUUACACAAGUGCCUAAAGAGAGUGAUGCCAACACUCCAUCUGCCCUGUCCAUCGCCUUCAUACACUGUCUACUUCGUGUUCAGUCACCCUUUGGGGAGGGGAGCUCUCUUGGGACAGUGGGCUCUGCAUGUUCUCUUCUUGGGUGUGUUUUGGGGCUGGGAUCAGGGCAGCAUUCCUGGAGGAUCCAGUCAUUCACCAGCAUUUGCAAAUAUCCAUUGGGAGCUGGUGGUAGCCACCUACUCUCAGCAACGAGUUUGUGUUCUCUCUUUUUUCUCUCUUUGCCUCACUCUCUCCAGUUGGGUUUUGAACUGGGGCUUGAAAUGUGUAUUUUAGCCCUUUGGCAUUGUAUAUGCCAUUUAGGAAAUAAAAGCAAGAAAAACAGCUUGGGCAAUGGCAAGAAAAUGACUUCUUGCUGUGAUUUUCUUUCUUUUCUUUUCUUCUUUUUUUUAAUCUUUGAAACUUGAAAAAUGACCUUGAGGAUUAUUCUUGUUUGAAAGGUGGUGCAUGCAGAUUGAGCAGUGGUGUUGGCAGCAAGCUUUGGCUUUCUGGGAUUUGGUUAAAGUGGUGCUUCUUACUUAAGCUUUGAGGAAUUGCUGGGGGGACCCCAGCCUCAUCCUCUUAAACAGGUCUCUUCUCCCUUUCUUUCACUUUUUUGCCUUCCUUUUCCCCUUCUCUCUUCCUCUGAUCUCUUUUAAUUUUUUAUUUUAUUUAUUUUUUGUUGUUGUUCACUCAGCUUGCUGGCUGGCCUGUCUGCCUAUGUGAUAAUGAAUUCUCUGCAUGGCUACAAUGAUCCCACCGUUAGCUGGCAAGGUCAGGCUUAGCUCCUUGGCUGUAGGAGACCAAGAAUCUGUUUCCCAGGCCCAGUGAUGUCCACCCUGGGCUGUACUGCCCUCCAACUUACAUGAGGGCAUUAGCAGAAGGCCUGUCCAACUAGCAUGAUACCAGGAGGGCUUCUGGCAACUUCCACACUUGUCCACUCUUUGGAGUUGGUUUCUCUCAUUGCUUUUUCUAGAUCUGGUUUCAUUUCUCUCUUCUUGGGGCCUCCCUUUUCUGAGGAUGUCCUAGAGUUGAGCUACUUGGUCAUCCGGAGUUGGAGGGUUAGGAGAUGGACAUAGGGGAAGAAGAGAGUGAUAGGAAGAAAAUGGAGAGAGUGUGGCUUAAAUGUGGGAAAGGAGGGCAUUGAUCUUAUUGAUCACUUUUCCAGUCUAGCCUGACUCAUUGGGGGUUGAGGUGCUACUGCUAGCCACUGGGGAUAAUCCUGGGGCUGUUGUUCCUGCGAACUUAGGCUUAGAAUAAUGCUGAAGAAGAAGGUACCUAAAAGUAUGACACCUCCCUUAAAAGUUCCGGUUCUUUCCUAUUCAGUAGAUCCUCUCUGGCCUCCUCUUUGGCUAAGCAAUGAUGUUGUUGGAUAGUUUUCUUUUUCUUGUCCAGAAUUCUGUAAAUGAGGCUAGCAAGAUGGACAGCCACGGAGACACUUUGACUUCUUAGCUGGCCCAGGGGAUAUCUGCAAGGCUGACUGGACAAUGUUUUUAGACUUGGCAUCAUGUGUAAUAAAGAAGGAUGAAAGUUCCUUCCCCUUCAGGGUAGAAAGUCAUCUCAAACUAACUAAAAUGUUGUUUUGGAAACUACAUUGGGGAAGUUAUUUUUAUUUAUAUUUACUGGGCCUAGGCCAAUCCAGGAUGGUAGCUGGGAUGCCUUCCUUCUUAAAGUCUGAUCAUGGCAGGGUUUUGCAGGGCACUGUUUCCUCUUUGGCCUUCUAAGCAGACUGGGGAGAAGGGAUUCUCUGGUUUUCUCUCCCUCCCUCCCCCCACCAUUUAUUAGGACUUACCUUCUCCCUGGGCAGGGAGAGAGGCUAGGUUGGUGCUCUCCCCUUACUCUACUCCUUAGAACCUCUAGCUGCUGUUUGGGAGCCCAAGAAAGGGGAUGGAGGGAAUGAGCUCAAAAGAAAAGAAAAGAAAACAAAACAAAAAACAGAAUAAUGUGGGGAAGGCAGAUUUCCUUCUUUAAAAAGGAAAAUAGGAAACCCUCCAAGGAUUGUGCAAGUAAAGACAAUGUGUCGAAUGCACUGAGUCCCCUGGUGUAGUAGCAAUAAGGAAAAAUGAAAUGACUUUCCUGUGCACACAGUCCAGCCUGAUUGGUGUGUGAUGUUGCACUUAGCAGCCAUCUGGUGGGCAUGUGUGACUACUCUGGGUUUCACUUUAGUUUCUAAACUUUUUAUCUCUCUCAAGUCCAGCAUGGAUGGGGAAAUGUUCCUUGAACCCCACAGCUGUGUACUUGUUUGCAUUUGUUUCCCCUUGAGACUUGUGUUUGUGUCCUGCUUUGAGCUGUACCUUGUCCAGUCCAUUGUAAAAUUAUCCCAGCAGCUGUAAUGUACAGUUCCUUCUGAAGCAAGCAGCAGCAGCACAAUUCUGUGUUUUAUAAAGACAACAGUGGCUUCUAUUUCUAAAGUGCGGUCUCUCUCCUUUUUUUCUUAGCAAAGAAAAUUCUUGGGAUGAAUUAUAUCUCUGAUAGGUUUUAGAUUAGAAUAAUAGAUUGAUAUAAGAGUAGAACCAUCACUUACUAAAAGGAGGACAGUGGGUAAAUCAAAUUCCAGAGUGUUGAAACUGCAGAUCAUAUGUAAUCAUAUUUCAUAGGGCCUCCACUUAUUCUUCAUUCAACAAACAUGCAAAGCACUGUAUCCCACAGUAUUGUGGGGAAGUAGGCAGGCACAAUUCAAAAAUGAGGAAAAUAGCUCCUUAAGGAGCUUAAAAAGUUUGGUGGGGGAUGUGAGUGGUCAUAUGGUUCCCAGGUACCAUUUAGAGAGAGCGAUUGAGGGACUGAACAAGCUGUAAGUCAGUAGCAAUGAAAUAGCAAAGGGCAGACUUGAUAGAUGCUCAGGAGAUAGACUUAUUUGGACUCAGUGAAUGAUGGAACGGGAAGAGAGAAGUAGAGGCUAAUGCUCACUCUGCUUGAGCAAGUAAGUGUAUUGGGACAGUCCUCUAGCCAAGAUUAGGGGAAAGGGGAGGCAAUAGAAGGAAGGUGGUGAAUUUUGCGAAGAAAUACAAUUAACCUUGUAUAGACUCAACUUUUAGGUUCCCAAGGGGCAACAAGGUUAAGGUUUCCAGUAAACACAAUGUUUUGGUGCUCAGGGAAGACUACAAAACUGCAGUUAUAGACAUGGGAUUCACAUUCAUAUAAAUGGUAGUUAAAGCCAUUGGAGUGAACAAGUUGGCUUAGAAAAAGAGUAGAGCAUGAGAAACCUAGUGUGCAACUCUAGGAAACACAGUUUAAGGGAUGAGGAGAGGAAGCAAAAUGGAAAAUGACUGUCAGAUUACUGGUAAAUACCUUGUAUAUUUUUGCUUGAUUUAAUGAGGUGGGAGAUUAGUCAAGAGAGUAGAAUAGGAUUCAAGAAAAAUGUUAUUAACAUCAUGACAACUGAUUUUCACCAUGAAAACUGAAAAGAGGGUAUUUUUCUACGUAGUUUACCAUCCUCCACCCCGUCUUUGGGAUCUUAUAACUAUUGGUCAUUCUCCAAUAUUUCUUAAAAAUGAACAUUGGAAAAACCUAACUUAAAUAACGUUAAGACUGGGACUUCCAAGUUGUUCACCACCACCUCCACCUCCAGCUUCCUUCUAUCCUCAGGAGAUACUUGUAAAAGAAUAAAAUAAACAAACCUAAUUUUGUUCCUAA